AUGAAGGACCGUCCAGUUUUCAUUCUAUUUCUUACUUGUGUUUUUAUUGACAUGGUGUCGGCCGGGAGAGUGAUGAAAGUGGAACCCCUCGACUACAACCUGGAAAUCGACAAAACCCUUUCUGGUAUCGAGUCCUCGGUUCGUAAUCAGAGUGACAACGACUUCCAAACGUAUUUCUCUGAAAGUUUCGACUCAAUCGAUUGGUACCGCAAAUUUCUGGGAAAACUGACUCCCGAUCAAGCCGCUACAUACUCGGUAAGCCCCGAACCCGACAUCCAACUAUCUCUUUUUCAGCUCUCCCGCUUUGGCGACGUAAAAGAUGAGCGGGCCGUGCAGUUUACGGAAUCCGUGAAGUUGAAUGAUACAUCAAUCAGAAGAACUCCAUUUGACGCCGUAUUUUUGGAAGUGGAGAACGAGAGACGAUUGGUGAUUGAUUCGUUGAUGGUGCAUGAUGGGAAAUAUGCCAAUGAGGAGGAGCAUUGA